AUGAGCCGUCAGAGCGGCGUUGCUCUGACCGCGACGAGGCGAGAGCAACGACUGCAGCAGCAGCAGCAGCAGCAGCAGCAGCAGCAGCAGCAGCAGCAGCAGCAUGAGCAGCGACGGAUCAACCUGGAACACGGGAAGCAGCAGCAUGCUGCUUGGAACGAAGGCGUGGCGCAGCAGCAACCGAGCAAACUGGAGCAACGACCUGGACGCGGAAUGGCGUGGAGCGCGGAAUGGCGAGGAGUGGACGCGGAAUGGCGAGGAGUGGACGCGGAAUGGCACAGAGUGGACGCGGAAUGGCGCGGAGUGGACGCGGAAUGGCGAGGAGUGGACGCAGAAUGGCGCGGAGUGGACGCGGAAUGGCGAGGAGUGGACGCGGAAUGGCGCGGAGUGGACGCGGAAUGGCGCGGAGUGGACGCGGAAUGGCGAGGAGUGGACGCGGAAUGGCACAGAGUGGACGCGGAAUGGCGCGGAGUGGACGCGGAAUGGCGAGGAGUGGACGCGGAAUGGCGCGGAGUGGACGCGGAAUGGCGAGGAGUGGACGCGGAAUGGCGCGGAGUGGACGCGGAAUGGCGCGGAGUGGACGCGGAAUGGCGCGGAGUGGACGCGGAAUGGCGAGGAGUGGACGCGAAAUGGCGAGGAGUGGACGCGGAAUGGACGGGAGUUGAAGUAUCGUAG